ACCGGAAUCUCCGGCGGAUUUGAAGAAACCUUGAAAAAGUUAUGGAGGAGAAAACCAGCGGACCUAAGCAAAAUCAGCCAUCAACACCGGCUCCUCCGCCUUCAACGCGGCGGCCAAGAGUUAGAGAAGUAAGUUCCAGAUUCAUGUCUCCGGUUACUUCAUAUUCUUCUUCUUCCUCUUCCUCUGCCGGCGAUCUCCACUUUUUGACGUCGAAUUCUCCAAAGCACCACCACCUUCAACAUCAGCACCACCAGAUUCAACGCUCUGUUUCGGCUCAAAGGCUUAGACGUCAGUUAAAACUGGCAGACGGAGAUGAGAAUCGCUCAUCAGAGACGGCGGCGCGUAGCCUUGACUCGCCUUUUACACUCUCGCAAACCGUAAAAACAUCGAAACAAAGUCACUUGAAGCCGCUUAAGGAGAAUUCUCACCGGCUUGAAACUCCUACACCAAUUGUUCCUCCGCCGUCUAGAUCACGGCUAAGUCAACAACGAUUACUAACCGCUUCCGCCGCAACGAGACUUCUCCAAUCAAGCGGCAUAUCAGCCUCUAAUGAGAAAGAAGGAAUCAUCAACACUCAAGAGAAACCUAAAUCUAACGGCUCAGAUCAUUUUCCGACACUUUCUUGUAGAACUCAUUCUAAAGUUUUCAAUAAUUCGGUGCCAUCUUCUUCUCUUAAUCGAUUUGUGAGUUCACCAUUGUCGAGCUGUAACGGUCGUGAUAGCAUUUCAUUUUCACGGUUAGGCUUGGCAUUACCUCCGGUGGCACCGAAUUCGAAGGUUCCAGCUGAUGCUAAAAAGCAGAGGAAGGUUUCAGAGCAAUUGGAAGAUGUUCAUUCUCUGAAACUACUCCACAAUCGUUACCUCCAAUGGAGAUUUGCCAACGCCAAUGCACAAGUGAAGACUCAAAGUCAAAAAGCUCAAACUGAGACCAUGAUCCAUUCCUUUGGUUCCAAGAUAUCAGAAUUACAUGAUUCUGUGCAAAGGAAACGCAUAGAGCUUCAACGUUUAUUGAAAACUAAAGCUCUUCUUGCGAUUACAGAAUCUCAAACUCCAUGUUUGGAGCAAUGGUCUGCUAUUGAAGAAGAGUAUUUGACUUCGGUGUGGCAAACAAUCCAAGCUUUGUCCAAUGUUUCAUUACGGCUUCCACUCGAUGGGGAUAUCAUGGUUGAAUCUAAGCAGUUAGGAGAUGCACUUGUGGCUGCUUCAAAGAUUAUUGACGGCAUUACACUAAAUGUUGGAAACUACAUGCCAAAGGCAAAGGAGAUGGAGAGUUUGUUGACAGAAUUAGCAAGGGUGACUAGUAGAGAAAGAUCAUUGGCAGAACAUUGCGGAGUGGCUCUUCUUAAAACGCAAGCUUCACUAAUUGAAGAAUGUUCUAUGAGAGGUCAACUUAUACAGCAAACACCAAAAGAAGAUUCAUCCACUAAGUGAACACAACUCUUGUUCUAUUGUUAGAGAGAUUUAUAUCGAAUGAGUGUAGCAUUAAAAUCGAUUAUAGAUU